AUGGUGGCAUAUUGCAAUGAAGUCUGCAAGCUCGAGUACAAGUUCGACGGUCUGGAGCUCAACCACGUCGCAAGACGCUUCAACGAGGCAGCUGACGAGCUGGCAAAAGUGGCAUCCAGCCGGAAGCUAGUCCCCGACGGUGUCUUUAUCAGUGAUCAGCAUAAGACCUCGAUCCGCUACAAGGAGCAGGGAGAGGUUGGCAAUGCGCCACCUGUCCCGGACUCAGGAGCUGACCCGGGAGAAGUCGGCAACGUGCCACCUGUCCCGGACUCAGGAGCUGACCCGGGAGAAAUUGGCAACGCGCCACCUGUCCUGGACCCAGGAUCUGACCUUUCCGACCCCGAGAUUAUGGAGAUCGACAUAGAUCCAGCAGAGGGGGCCAACCCCCCGCCAGACUGGAGAGCCCCGUACCUCGAUUACCUCAUCCGCGAGUUGCUCCCAACGGACAAGAUAGAGGCGCGAAGGAUUGCCUGCCGCGCCAAUUCCUUCGUCAUCAUCGACCAGGAGCUCUACAGGCGGAGCCAUAUCGGCAUCCUGCUGUUGGAGGCUGACCAUGAAGAAGUAUUUCCAGAAUGA